AUGUCUCAAUUACCCCUUAAACUCCGCGUACAAUUGAGAGACCACUGGGAAAAUCCCGCGUCACCAGCCAAAGCGUCGAUUGCUGCAUUGAAGGAACUUCUAGGCCUGGAGAUCGAGAUCUCGUUUCCAGUAGCCAACAUAUGGGAUCAAGUCAAAACAUCGUUUCCAGAGCAAGACGUGUUCGUGCCGACCGUGAUUGGCGUCAUCCAGCAAUGGACGAACGCCCUCAAGCGAAGACUGGAGGAUGAGGGAGGAAGUUGGACGGACAAGCUUCUCGAGGAAUUUGAUGGGAAAUCCAUGCAUGCAUUUGUCGAUGUUUUCCCACUCGGAAGGCCAACGACAAUCCUUUCGAAGUCAACAUCGCCUCCUACACUCCAGAUUCAGAUCCCAGAUUCCAAGCCGCCAUAUGCUCCCCCAAAUUUCGAAGAUGACUUUGACAACUUCUUCGAGAGCCGCAGACUAACCACAGCAAUGCCUCAACAAGCUCCCAUCGCCUCGAAAAUGGCGACUCGUACAGCUGCAGUCACGUCAUCACCCCCGCGAAGUCUUCCCGCACUGGACACACUUGCCCGCCCAGACAUUCUCUUCGGCUCCUUAGUCCCCUACCACAUGAUCAUCGACCUCCGAUCCGACCGUCUUUCCAUCCAAGGCAGCCACCAACCGAGCCUCGACCUGCUCUUCCGCUACCUGAAGAAGCAUAUUGGGGGCAAUCCUGAUACUGCAGAGAAGAUACCCCUCCUUAAAGUCGAGCUUCACAGAUCCAACUUCGGCUACGGCAAUCUCCAAGAUCGCAUGUCGAUUGAGCGACACAGCGAGCACUUCAAAUGGAUCGAGCUGAGCCCAGUACUGCCGAUCGCGUUCAUUGAGGGCGUAUUAGGAUACCGACAUGUCGAGAAGCAGGGUGGUAGUGUACAGUGGUAUUUCAAGCGGGAGCAGCCUUUCGCGUCCUAA